AUGUCACGAGAAUCAUCUCCUGAAUAUGAAGAGUUUGAUGAAACUUAUAUAGAAACUCCACAACGAACACUGAAUAGUCCCAGAAAGAAUAAAUCCACGAAUUUUCUAUCGUUUCGAACUGUGAGAAGUAGUCCACUACGACAACCACCAAUUGAAAGAAAACAUGGUAUUUCAUUAGACGAAGAAAGCAUUAUACAAUCAAAUAAAUCAAAUUCUAUUUCAGAUCUACCUGCUAUAUCUAAUGCCCCCAGUUCACCACCAGCAAGUAUCAGAUUUAGAAAUACUAUGAGACCUACAAGAUCUAUUGAAGAUAUACCUAAGAAGGAGUCAAAUACAACAGCAGACCUCAAUCAGCAAUUUUCUAAGCAUUCCAAGGAUCACAAUUUCAGAGAAUUUGGCUUUUCUAGGUCAAGUAAGUUGAAUACUCCUAAGUCUCGUAAGCUUGGAUUUCGAGAAUUCCCAGAAAAGAAUAUUGUACAUUCCAAAGUAUCGGAUGAUGUUGAUACAUAUAGCCAUAGUGUUUUAGAAAAAGUGAAUUCAACGUUGGAGGAACUUCAUAAUUAUGAUGGAAAUUGGCGGGCCAACUCUAUUGAUAAUAACGAAAAUAGUGAACCAACAGAAACUGAUCCUGUAAGUGUUGCCAAAAAGUUCACUGAAAACAUUGAUUUGAAAAGACAAGAAGUCUUGGAUAAUUCAACUCCAAUUAAACCAUUAUCUAGAGAAGGCAUCGCCCAGUCCCAAAUAAAAUCAGGUUUAUUGCAAUCAACAUGGUGGUCAUCUGCUAAGUGGAGUAAAUUAAGAAAAAUUGUGAAACUGAAGCUGAUAAGUAGAGAGGAGGCAAUCAACAGCACAUUGUUGAUGAGCGAACUAGAGUGCACGAAUAAAAUGGAGCUUCGCAAAAGAUACGACUUUUUGGAGAAAUACAUAAAUAGAAAUCCCAAUAGGACCACUACAAGGGGAAAAGGUAGAGUAACCAAAACUCGUUAA